GCUAGAAUGAUUUGGACCUUUGACGUAAUGGAAGAUUUAAUAAAUCUUCGUAAUGAAUAUCGUAAAGAAUUCAAAAAUGUUCUGAACACUGAGCAUGCUGCCAUCUGGGAUGACAUAGCAACCGAAAUCAAUAAUUAUCAUCCAGCUCAAGUUACUAGCAGACAAUGCCAAGUAAAAUGGACCACACUGGUUCACGAUUAUGAGAACUCUAGAAGGAUAAGGGUUGAAAACCCUGAAGGAUUUCUGAUAAGAAGUCCAAAUCGAUUCAAU